AUGCCAGCGUUCCAAGCCAUCAAUGUCGAGCCGGAGGAGAACCUUGACGAUGAGAUUGACAACACGCGACAAAUCCAUAUCGACGAAGCCUUGAAGCGCUUCCAGACCGCCCUCAAGCUUCAUGCGCAAGGCCCUCGGUUCUUUGAUGAAGCGACCGAUGCAUACGAUGACCUCUUCAAAUCCGACAUCUUUCAAUACCCCGAAGCCGCGACCGAGUACGAACGAGCCGAGCUGCCGGCAAGCCAGCUCGCUGUAGAGGCCUCUCUCGCUGCCGGUAUCGACAUACAAUCAGGAGAGGUAGACGGAGCGGACAGCACCCUCCCCCAGGCGCUCUUCCUGGCGCACAAGAACCACGGACAAUUCCUUCUCGACCGGAUAAAACACACGGCACGCAGGACGGCUGUUCCACCCGAGGCAUUCUUUCAGCAAGACGACGUCAAAGAGCAAGCGCAAAAGGCGCUCCUUGAUUUCAAUGCGGCGCUCGAUCGCGACCCCUCAGAUGCCGAGCUCUGGAGGCGAAUUGCACGAGUGGCAGGUUAUCUCAACAGUGGCCGCAUCAGGCGAUACUGCCUCGAGGCAGCCAUCGAGCUUGACGACGAUCCGACCGUCGAGGAGGUCGAACCCCCGUCCCUAUCAGAUGACAUGGGUCUGUCGCACCCCAUCUUGGGGCCCUGGGUCAAACACGACAUGCCGGCGCUCAUCAAGCGCCAUCUCGACCCCAUUCCGUUCCUGCCCAAUCCGACGAAAAGUCUCGAGGCGACUCGAUCAAUCCUCACCGUGUCAGAGUCCAAAAUAUCGAUCCGCUGUCCCACAGCCGCCUGGUCCGAGCUGGGCAUGGCCCUCGUGCAGCUCGUUGCCGAAGUGGGCUUCACGGGCAAGGGUAUUACAAUUGACCUUCCCAAUAGUGAACCCGACGAGGAGGCGAUGGAUAUCACGGAUGCCAUACAGAAGCAGCUCACUGAGGAAGUCAGCAGUGCGGCCGUCGACGUUGGUCUGCCGGAUGUCAUGGAUGUGUCGGACUCUGCGACCAAGACGGAGGCUGCUGACGAGACGGCAGCCGCCGAUGGACUCAAACCUCGAGGCGAGACCGCAUCGGCCCCAGCGAGGAAGCGGUCUCAGUCGGUUGCCGGUCUCGCGGAGGCAGGCGAAGACGAAAACGCUGGCGAGAAACGCAGCAAGAGAAUCAGACGCAGGGAGACGGCUGGCGCCGGAGAGGUCGUCAACUCGAGCGCACUGCACGCGACCCAGCUCGCUCAGUACCAGGCGGUGGAUCAGCACCUGUUUCAAAAAACAAAAGACGUACUGGAGAACAUUGGCGUCACGGACCAGUCGGUCCUGGACCGUAUCGGAGAGGUGCUCGAGCUGUGCACGUCUGAAGAUCGUUCGGACAAAUCGACGAGCCAGGCCACGAUUGACCUCAAGAGUACGAUUACCUCGUUUAGUGCGGACAAUGCCAAGAUUUUGAUCAAUAAGAAGGAGACGGACACCCUCGGAAUGUCUGCCUUCCUCGAGCACGCCAAAGGCGGUAACCAAAAAGUCUCGGCAUCCCCGGCCUUUCGCGAAUCUCACGGCCUCGGUUCUUUCGCCAAACGUCUCAACGCGGGCUGGACUACGGUCCAGGACAUGGCUUGGGAGUGGCUCAAGACAAUUGCACCAAGCUAUAUUGAGUACAGGUGGUCGGACAUGAUGAAGGCAGCGGUUGUGCAUGUCAUUAGCCGUUUCGAUCAGGAUAUCUACGAAAUGGCAAAGUAUGAAAUUGAGGCCACUGCACAGUCGAAACAUGCCGAGCAGGAGCUGAUGAGAAUUCACAACCUUGUCGAGAUGCUCUUUGAGCUCCACCUCGACAUUUACGAACGCAUCACCAAUCCCAAUAGUGCUGUCGAGUAUAGUAUCCGAGUUGAGGCCAAGGGGCGUCUCGCGCGAUGGCUUGCAUUUGCGUCGGAGCUUUUUCAAGCCUGCCGCGACCCCAGGAGCGAUCUCGCCGCCAGGUUCCUCUGGGCUGCCGUCUUUUCGACGACCCUCACCGACAAUGUCUCGCGCGAAUACAUUUUACAGUGCUGGACCAGCCUGCGCGAAUUUCUCACGAACGAAGGAGUCGAGGCGCUCUUUCUGCAGAACAAUGCUGUCCUCACGGAAAUUUCGUCGGCUGCCGCUGACCGAGAGAUUUCCAAGCUGACGACGAUGGACUUUUUCUUGGGCCUCUUCCAGGACGAUAUCAGCGAUCCCGUGGCCAUUAUUGACAAUCUGGAGCCAGUCUUGAACGCCGACUCUGUAUAUGUGCCCAGAAGCGACAGCGAUGGGGAAGCCACCUCGGGGAAGAACAAGAGGAUACCAAUCAGAGAUUGUGCCAGUCAAGGGCUGCAGGAUCUCUGGAAGUUUAUCAAAGGCACGAGCACCGAGUUGCGGUUAUUCCUUUGGUCACGCCUCAGUGACGCAUAUGGAUCGAUACAAUACGCGACAAAACAGUUUUCCUGUCAGCUACGAGCCAUCGAGAUGGUUGUUGCUGAUUUCGAGGGCGAUCUCUAUCUCAAGAACCCAAACGAUACCCGUCCGGUGCUCUUGCUUCGCAUGAUGAAGUCACUUGACGAGCUCCUCAUUCGCGCCCUGUCCUUGGCGCUCAAUGAACAGAGCGCCUACGACAUUGUCGACGAGGACCACCUCAAGGCGACGGCAGCUGCUCUCGCAAAGCUGAGCUGCAUGCUUCACGUCUCGGCCUCCUUGGAAGACGAGAUACGGAUCGGCAUGACACAGGCGCCCUCGGGUGGCUCUGUCUUUCAGGCGUUCAUGAAUAAGCUCCGGGAGAUCCAGGUACGCACGUGGUGUCUGCAGUAUACAGUCCUGAAGAUUGGCAUCAUCCAGCACACGGAUGUGUUCCCCAAGUACGAAAGCGACCUGGCCGAGUACCUCGCUGCGAUCCACAAUGUCCUGGGCCCGCGCAAGAGCUGCAAGGCUUCCAACAAGAUCUUCCUCAAGAUGAUGCGGAUGGAGCUGCUCAAGCUGAAGAACAUUGACAACUGGGAAGACUACCUCGGACAGGUGCUGUAUGAUUUACACGGACUGAAGCUGGGCGUCGGAAUCUGGGAGGUUCAGGACCACGGGUGUCCGCCGGAGAAGCUCGAGCGGCGCAACACGAUACAGCUGGCCGACAAGAUUACGGUUCUCGCCCGACGGAUGCCGAUGAAGGAUCUGCUGAAAUCCGAGCUCAAGACAACCAUUGAACACAUGCAAGGCGCCAUUGGCCCCGUGCGGUCAACACCACAGAUGGUACACAACUUGCGAAACUACACAGAGUACUUCAAGCGUCCGGUACACCCCCUUCGUCUGUAUCAAGCCCUCAGAGGCGGCGUCGAGCUCGAUACCGUGUCCGUCAAUGCCCCCGAGACGGUCCUCGCCAACCACGGUUGGUUCUUCCUUCUCGGGUCCAUUGCUCUGAGCAAGUACAAGCUUGUGGAUCUCAGCAAAAGGCAGACGCCCGGUGCCAUGGACGACCUGCGAAUCGGAGCGACCUUUCUGCGACACCAGCUGCAGUUUACGCCAAAUAAUUGGGAGGGCUGGUUCCGGCUCGCCGAAUGCUUCGACUACGAAGUCGAGGAUGCCGUUGUUUGGUCUGCCGACAAGAUGAACAAGGACAGAGCCGAGCUUGUCAAGUUUCAGCGCAACUCGAUCCACUGCCACACGCUCGCGUUGUCCAAGUCUGUGGGGGCUGACACGGACUAUGAAGAGGGAGACCCGUUGCAUGAUCUCUAUCACAAUUUUGCCAUGCGCUUGUACGCGUCGAGCCGGGAACCGUUCGCCAUGGAGCCAUUCCAGCACUCUAACCACGAGCGGACGUUUAUCGAGAACACCGGCAUGGGCACGUUCCAACGGGUCUUGCACAACCAGAUGCAGGACUACAAGGUGUGGAAGUACGCGGCGGGCCUUUUCCACAAGGCCAUGCGGAGAAAACCUUACGAAAACCUAAGCGCCACGGACCGCGCCACGAAACCGACGGUUGACCGUGUCAUCAAGGCGCUGGAGCAUGCAAUCGAUGUCGCUUCAGUCGUACCCAAAACUCGCAAUAGUGAUCCCAUCUUGGAGCCUCACUACAAAAUUUUGUCCAUUGCGCAAAAGUUGGUGGCACGGGGAGACCUGUCGUCCCAGCAGGCUACCAUCAUCCUCGCGCGACAGCCGUUUGGCAUCAGAGCCGAGACGGACGAUGGUGACACCUCCGAGGACACUGAGGACUGGGAGGAGUACGUGAUCCGAAGUCUGCGGCACCUGCGUGACAAGGACAAGUCAAAUUGGCAACACCGCAUGAUUGUCCGUCAUGCGCGUCUGCUAUUCGACGACUCGGCCCAGUCCCACGCCGACUAUGUGCAAGCCAAGGCCGCCUUUAACGUGCUUCGAGAGUCCAUGUUCACUAAGACAAUGGUCAUGAACGUCUGGAAAUGCGAGGCCGAACGGCCCGGGCGGCACCACGUCUUUACUGAGCAAUAUGUGCGCCUCAUGGUCAAGAUUCUUGUAGUCAUGAGCGACAGGGUCAGCCUCGAAGCGCUCCUGCGGCGUAUUCGCAAAAAGGGAACCGAGUUUUACCAUUUUGCGGACCUCUGGCAGACCUGCUGCCACUCAUACCUUGCUCUCUUGCGACAGAGCCAUAAGGUGCGACCGAUUGAGGAAGACAAGUUCAAGUUGGUCGCGACGGAGGAUUUCGAAAUCAUGGCCGACCGUCUCGCAGAGUGGGCCGGCGAGUUUGCAGGCGACCUGCCAGUCCUGCAGUGCAUGAAGGAGGCCAUCGAGCUCAAGAAGCUCAAUGGCGGUCUCAUGAAAGCCGGCGCGAUUGACGAGGUCAUCAACGACUGCUACACCUACUUGUACCUCGAGAUUGGUCCCACGCUGCCGGGACCCAGUCCAAGCGAAGUGCUCGAGGCCCGCGCCCGCGCCCGCGCCAGGGAGGAGGCGCAGAACGACGUGUCCAACUCGCUGAAGCCGCAGAGCACCCUCACCAACAUUCUCAACCCGCCAGGCAGUCAGGAAGCAAAUGGAGACGGCGAGAAGCAAACCGAGGCGUUGCCCCGUAAAAAGGUGGGCAUCCGCCGGCCGGACAUUCUGCGCAGAGCCGAGCAGGUCUAUACACGGGCCAUGGAGGCGCCCAAAUCUGCCGGCCUCGCAUCCAAGUCUCGUCUAGGCUCCAUCUCGAGCGGCAAGCGCGGCAGCAACACGCCCAACGGUGGCGAAGCUGGCAGCCCGGCCAGCGACCGCUCCGACAUGGAGGAGCCCGUCGGCGAUGAUACCGAGAUGAAGGAUGAGCCGACCAUCGACGAGGGCGACGAUCCCGAUGCAACGGCCCAGAUGACCGCAGCGUCGAGUCCUCGCGGUAGCAUCCACGACUCGGCCGACGACGAGAGCGACCUGAGCGAUGUGCCUGAGGGCUGGGAUGAGGAGCCUCCUCCAUCUAUGCUGUUCCAUGACAUGAAGGCCGAGGAUGGGCAUCACAGCAGCGAUGAGGAUGCCGACGAGGCUGACGAGGAGGAUGACGAGGAGCAGGAGGACGAGCAGGAGGACGAGCAGGAGGACGAGACGAUGGGUGGUGUCGACGCCGACGUUGAAGACGAGACCAUGGAAGCCCACGAGGAAGACGAGACUCUCGCUGGCCCCGAAGACGAGACGCUCGGUGACCACGAGGACGAGACAUUAGAAGGUCAUGAGGAAGAUGAGACAAUGGAGGACCAUGAGGAAGACGAGACCAUUGGCGUACAUGAAGAAGAUGACGAAGAGGCGGAGGAAGAGGAAGAGGAAGAGGAAGAGGAAGAGGAAGAGGAAGAGGAAGAGGAAGAGGAAGAGGAAGAGGAAGAGGAAGAGGAAGAGGAAGAGGAGGAAGACGAGGAGGAAGCUGAGGAAGGUGAUGAAGCUGAAGAGGCUGAAGAGGGCGACGAGGCUGAAGAAGAUGAAGAGGCAGAGGAGCAGGGGGAGGACGAAGCCGAGGAAGCUGAAGAAGACGGCGAGGAGGAAGACGAGGAGGAGGAAGAGGAAGAGGGGGACAGUCGCGAAGUUGCCGACGAAGACGAAGAAGGCAGCGAGGCUGUCGAGACGGAUGGCUAA